UUUAUUAAAGGUGUUGCUCUACAACGGCGACCGCAGUUCAAUUCCGACGAGCACGCCAAAACGACGCGCCAUUCGAAUUCGCCGCGCGAAGUGUUCGUAAUUCGAAAUACAAAACUUUUUUUUUACCGAAACAUUUAAUACAAUGGGAAGAUAAUUUCCUUUAGCAUCUGUGGAAAAGACUUUUUUAUAUUUUGUAAAAGUAAAUUUGCAUUUUCUUACAUUUUGGUCUCCUCGGCUGUGCAUACGAAGUUAUGGAAAACAUAACGAGAUUACUUUUCCUGUUUGCGGCACUGAGUGCUGCGGCCGCGUACUGGCGGCCCGGGCUGGAGAACCAACCCUACUGCGCUAUAGACAACAGAUGCUGCAAAAACAGAGAAGAUGAUUGCUCACAUAGAAUACUUGACACGAUCUGCUACUGCGACGAGUUCUGCAACCGUUCGCGGACGCACGACGACUGCUGCCCCGACUACGAGGAGGUGUGCCUCGGCAUAGUGCCUCCGCCGCCGCUCACGAGGCAGCCCUGCAGACACCACAACGACUUCUACGAGAUCGGCGACAAGAGACAGGACAACUGCAACACAUGCCAAUGCAUCGCAGACGAGAACAAUCCAAACGGGGGUAGAUGGAGUUGCGAGAAGGACGAGUGUCUCAUGAGCGACGAGGUGGUGAACGGAGUCAGCAGGGCAGGCCUGGGCUGGAGGGCCAGGAACUACACACAGUUCUACGGCAAGAAACUUCAGGAUGGCAUCAAGUUUAAACUUGGAACACUCCCACUCACUGCGGAGACUCAGCGCAUGGUGCCCAUCCGCUACGAGAAGGACAUCGCGUACCCCAACAACUUCGACUCCAGGACACGCUGGCCGCAGUUCAUCUCCCCCAUCGUCGACCAAGGCUGGUGCGGCUCCGACUGGGCCGUCUCCAUCGCUUCCAUUGCUUCUGAUAGAUUCGCAAUUCAAUCGAAUGGCGCCGAGAGGAUGAUCCUCAGCCCGCAGAGCCUGCUCUCCUGCAACCGCCGCCAACAGAAAGGCUGCGAGGGUGGCCACAUCGACGUUGCAUGGAACUUCGCUAGGAAUGAGGGCUUACUCGACGAGGAAUGCUUCCCUUACACGGCGAACGUGACAAGAUGUCCCUUCAAGCCCAGAGGGUCCCUCAUCCAAGACGGCUGCAGGCCGGCCGUGCGCAGGCGCACCUCGCGGUACAAGGUGGGACCGCCCGGCAGGCUCGACAAGGAACAGGACAUCAUGUUCGACAUCAUGGAAUCCGGCCCUGUGCAAGCUGUGAUGACCGUGUACCAGGACUUCUUCCACUACCAGGACGGCAUCUACCGCCGCAGCCCGUACGGCAACAACCGCUACCAGGGACUCCACAGCGUCCGCAUUGUGGGCUGGGGAGAGGAUUACCAGGGGAAAUAUUGGAUCGUAGCCAACAGCUGGGGCCGGGAGUGGGGUGAGAACGGCUACUUCAGGAUCGCGCGGGGCGACAACGAGUCCGGCAUCGAGUCCUUCAUCGUCACCGUCCUCGCCGACGUCACCGAGGCGCAGAGGAAAUAACACAGGAGCCACCUGAUCACGCCCCUGUGCGUCACCACGAAGGUGGUGCGCACCAGGAACGGCGUGAUCCUUCUCAACACCACGAGAAACUUCGGUUAAUCUGUGAUCAGCUUUUAAUCGAUCAAAUCCGAUGUAUUUUUUAGGUUACUGCCGUAUGCUCUAUCUGUGGUUAUACACCGUGCAACUGUAAGAUCACUUGACAAAAAAGUUCGGCCUUUAGUAGUCACUUUGGUGGGCCAAAAUCUCCUUACUCUACCAAAGUGACUUACAAUAGUGGCUUUAUUUUUCACAUGCCCUGAUUGCCUCUCCAGUUUAGCCAAACGAUUUUAAAGAUGUACGCCACCUAUACCUUGAUUCACUUCCCCUGUACGACUCCAAGUGUAAAGAAUAUUAAUUGUAAUCAUUAACCAAAUGGGUUUUUUCCAAAUUUCCGGAAUCUCACCAUGGAAAUUUCGAUGAAACGCGUAUUUUUUUACCUGAAAAUCGCAAUGCCUAUUUGCUUAAGUAUUGACAAUAGUUGUGUGAAGGUCGGAGGAAUGCGUGAUACGUGUAACAUGACGGAUUUUAUAUCA